UUUUAACAGCGAGCGCUAAGAUCUUCCAGAGGCGACUUCGUAGUUCGUACCUUCGGGAAAACCCAAAACUCCUCUCAUUGUUUUGCUCUGUUUUCUCCGUCGCUUUCAAAACAAGCCCACAUUCUGAGCAAAACCCAUUUUCCCUCACAAGAAAAUGGCUGAGAACACCGAAAUCGCGAGCACCAAAGAAGACUCCAAAGCGCCCAAAAACCUGUUCUCUCUGUUCCCCAAGUUCAAGCUUGAAUUCCCAUUUCUGAAGCCAGGACCAAAGGCAGAGGUUGGUGUCAAAGAGGAAGUGAAGAGAGAAACAGUGGUUGCUGGGAAUGAAGGAGAAGAAGUUGUUGUUCAGAAGCUCGACGUGGUGAAGUUUGCGGAGAGGAAAGCAUUGGCUCCACCCCCUUUGGUUGUUGAGGCCGAAGAGUCUUCUGCCAAGACUUCCAAUCCUGUUAUUCUCUGGCAGGUUUAUGCUCUUGGGGGGUUCCUUGUAUUGAGGUGGAUAUGGGCAAGAUGGCAAGAGAGAACCAAGAAGGGGCCUUCUGACAAUGAGAAUGAUGGAUCUUCAGAUGUUGAAUAGGUUUAUCAUUUGCUUAUGUUAAUCCCCAGGGUGUGGAAAAUACUGGAAAAGUAAUUCUAAUAUUUGGUUUUUCUUUCACUGCGUGAAUGUACAAAUUAAUCAGGUUACUGAACUAGCAGAUAAUUGUUUUUUUAACUCUUACAGGGUGUCAAGUUUUCUAAUUGCUUUCAGGUUUUCUUCUGAAA